AUAACGUUUUGGUGAAUGUUUUUUUUAUGUGUGUUGAAUGCCGUCAGCCGUCAGGCUUCUAUCUGGUCGCCUACGUUGGUCUUGUGUUUUGCAAUCGUGUCCUUUUUAGACGAGCGUCAGCUUUGUGAGAGCUCUUCUCAAGUUUUCCGCACGUCGACUGUCUGUCGCUCAUCCGACGUGGACAUCAGCUUGAAGAGCUUCCCGGUGUUUAAGCUCGCAUCAGGACAAAAAAACCCCAACAAAAUGCCUGGACCAGCAGCAAGUGCCACCAAUGUUGGAGCCUCUAGCCGUUCCCCCAGCAAGACAGUGGCUCCCCGUGCAGCAGGCUCCACAGUCAGACAGAGGAAAGCUACCAGCAGUGGUACACGCAGUGGUGGCAGGGCCACAGGAUCUGCUGGCACAGGCGGCAUGUGGCGCUUCUACACUGAAGAUUCACCAGGACUCAAAGUCGGCCCAGUGCCCGUGCUGGUGAUGAGCCUGCUGUUCAUUGCGUCGGUCUUCAUGCUGCACAUCUGGGGGAAAUACACCCGCUCUUAAACCCCAGCCUGAUGACCCCUGACCUUGCGCCUCAGUUUCUUAAAUCUUUGGACCUGGACCAAACAACAAGUGACCCACCUCACCCUCCCACAUCCUUUCUAUGCUGUCACUACAACACACACAUUGGAUUUUUGUACCCAAUCAUCUGCAUCUGACUCUGGCGACCACCUUGUCGCUCCUUCGCAUCACUCUGUGUGUCAGGCGCGAUGGGGUGAAUUGGAGGAAGCCAUGUCGCUGCCUCUCCAAGCGGCAGGAGCAGCACGUGUUCACCUACUGCUGCAUGAAGAUUAAGUGCAGUGCCUAAGGACAUUGUUGUUUUCAGGCCCCCCCCACAAACAUUUCUCCCUGUAGCCUGAAUUGCAUUUUUUUUUUUUUUUUUUUUUUGUUAA